AUGCAACAAGGCGGCUACAGCGGCUACGACCAGCAACCGGACGGCUACGGCCAGCAGCCACAACAGUAUGACCAGCAACAAGCCGGAUACGGACAGCAGUAUGCACCGCAGCAGGUACAGGGAGGCUACGAUCCCCAACAGCAGCAGCAGCAGCAGUAUGGGCAUUCACAACAAGGAGCUUACGACCCCCAGCAGCAGCAGCAGCAGUACGGUCAGCAGGGAGCGUAUGAUCAAUACGGUCAUCAGCAGCAGCAACCCCAAGACUACGAUCAGUAUGGCCAACAAGGCGCCUACCAGCCAGGCAUGCAGCCCCAGGAGUGGGACUUCCACGCCAUGGAGGCCAAGGACGGCGUGCGUUUCUCGUGGAAUUCAUGGCCCUGUACUAAACUGGAACAGACACGAUGUGUCAUGCCUAUCGGGUGUCUGUACCAGCCGCUGAAGCCUAUUGACGGUAUGCCGCCUGCUGUGGAGUACGACCCCAUUCAUUGCAAGGCCUGUGCUGCUGUGCUGAAUCCUUACUGUCAGGUGGACUUUGUCUCCAAGCUCUGGGUGUGUCCGUUUUGUGUGACGCGCAACCAGUUUCCUCCACACUAUGCGGAGAACAUUACGCAAGAAAACCUGCCUGCCGAGCUCAUCCCGCAGUACACGACCCUUGAGUAUGAGUUGCAGAACCGUCAAGCUGGACCCCCUGUCUUUGUCUUUUGUAUCGACACAUGUGUGCCUGAGGAUGAGCUGGAGGAACUAAGGGACUCGAUCCAGCAAACGCUCAAUCAACUGCCGCCGGACGCGCUCAUUGGUCUCGUCACUUUUGGUACGAUGGUACACGUGCACGAGCUAGGGUUCCCGGAAGUGCCGAAGUCGCACGUUUUUCGAGGCAACAAGGACUUCACUGCGCAGCAAGUGUUCGACAUGCUGGGUUUGGCUGCGACGCGCAAGCAACGACAGCAGGAGAUGUCAGGACAGCCUCAGCAGCAAACGAGCAACGCAGCCCGCUUCUUGCUUCCAGUGUUCGAAUGCGGCUUUACGCUUGAAUCCAUUUUGGAAGAUUUGCAGCGCGACCCUUGGCCCGUGGCAGCCGACCAGCGACCACAACGCUGCACAGGUGUUGCAAUGUCAGUGUGUGUGGGGCUCUUGGAAGCUACGUUCCGCGGCCAAGGAGCCCGUAUCAUGAUGUUCGUUGGUGGACCUCCAACCGUCGGCCCAGGUGCCAUCGUCAGUCGCGACCGCAAGGAGGACAUUCGUUCGCACACGGACUUGCAGAAGGACAAGGCGCCGCUUACAAAGAAGGCGCUGUCGCACUACAACGACCUCGCAGCCCGGUGUGUAGCUUCUAGCCACGUCGUAGAUAUCUUUGCGUGCUCCCUCGAUCAGAGUGGUGUGAUGGAAAUGGCGGAUUGUGUACAAAAGACCGGCGGUGUGAUUGUACUUGCCGACUCGUUCGGUCAGUCUGUAUUCCGCGAGUCGUUCCGGCGCAUGUUCAGUAAGUUCUCGGACGAAGCAGCUGACUGCGACAAGGAGCAGUUGACAAUGGCAUUUGCAGCUUCGGUGGAGGUGCUUACGAGCCGCGAGUUCAAGGUAGCAGGCGCCAUUGGCCCUUGCGCUCCACUGAAGCGCCAAGGUGCAGCUCCGAAGAAUGUGUCCGAGGUGGAAAUUGGUGUAGGUGGCACCAACGCCUGGUCGAUGGGCGGUAUCGAUCCCAACACCACCAUCGCUAUUUACUUUGACAUUUCGAACCAGACUCCGCUGGCGCAUGGUAAGGCUCGCUACAUUCAAUUGAUCACGCGAUACCAGCACGCAAGCGGUCGUUACCGAACGCGUGUGACUACGAUCUGUGGUCCCUGGACUGUGGAUUCAAGUGAUACAGCGACGCUCGGUCGCGGCUUUGACCAGGAGGCUGCCGCCGUGAUGUUAGCACGUAUCGCAGUACAUCGCUCGGAGCAGGGCGAGGAGCAGCUCGAUAUAAUGCGCUGGAUCGACCGGUCACUGAUUCGUUUGGCUGCCCGUUUUGCCGACUACCGCAAGGACGACCCAUCGUCUUUCCGCCUAUCGCCUGAGUUCGCCAUCUUUCCUCAGUUCAUGUUCCAUCUGCGCCGUUCGCAGUUUUUGACCGUGUUCGGCUACUCACCCGAUGAGAGUUCGUAUUACCGUCACUGCCUGCUGCGCGAGAGUACGACAAACUCGCUCGUCAUGAUCCAGCCGUCGCUGUUGUCGUACUCGUUCAACGGACCCCCCGUGCCGGCACUGCUGGAUGCUGCUAGCGUCCGAUCCGACACGAUCUUGCUGCUAGACUCGUUCUUUUACGUGGUGGUGUUCCACGGCGACACGAUCGCCGCGUGGCGUGACCAGAAGUUCCACGAGGACCCUGCUCACGAGAAUUUCAAGAAUUUGCUGGAAGCUCCUCAGGCUGACGCGCAGCUUAUCAUGGACUCCCGCUUUCCUGUUCCGCGUUACGUCGUGUGCGACCAGCAUAAGUCGCAGUCGCGUUUCCUGAUGGCCAAGCUCAACCCGAGUGUUACGCACAACAGCAUGGAUGGGCAGGGCGAGGUCAUUUUCACGGACGACGUGAGUCUGAAGGUGUUUAUGGAGCACUUGAUGAAUCUGGCCGUGAAGUCGUAG